AUGCCUCGGGCCGCUCAGCAACAGGCGCCUUCUCCGCCUGCCGUCCAACAGCGGCCUGUCAGGAACCGCAAGAUCAAGCAGAAGGGAUACGAGUUUGAAGUCCUUAGUAAGGUACAGAGCUCCAAUUGUGAGGACCACCGGGCUGAGACAACAACCGCCAAUCCUGCCCCCCUGGUGAAGCACAAGCCACUCGCCCUGGCCGUGCCAACCCCGAAACGAAAGCGACGCCAUGCAUUGUUUCUGGGCCAGGCCUCGAAAUCCGGCUCGUCGUACUCUUUCACUCCUGGGAAGAAGAGGAAGCAUGAGCUGCAGAGUCAGAAAUCCGGCAGGCCUCGCAGGUUGCCAGCUGCAGCCGACCCGAUGCCGGACCCCUCCACCUCUGCUCCAGUAGACCCUGCUUCAGACCCAGUACCAGCUACUACCGAUGAGGCAACUGAACCGGCCCAGCUAGUAAUAAGGCGCCCUGGUCGGCCUCUCAAAGUCCGUCCUCCUCGAGGUGACGCUGCAAGUCUGGGGGGCCUCAAGGCUCCUGUAGCACAGGAAUCAGCAAAGUCGUCAAGGCAUCUACGGGCUGAACAGCGAGCGCAACAGCGAGCUAAGCGGGAGGUGGUUGUGCAAGAAGAUGAUCUAGUUGACACCACUCGGCAAACCGACGUGGCACUGGAAGGUCAGAGACGUCCUACGAGGAGAACUAGGACGGAUCGAGACGGCAACAAGCAAGAUAGCCAGCGUCCCGAUCCCCUGACUCACCCAGACAGCAACCGAGAUGAUUUCUUAGGCCAGAGGAAAAGGCAGCGGUUGGUUGUGAACAUUGACAGCGCACCAGGGCCAAAGGCAACGCCUACUAUAUCGGAUAAGCCAAUACCCGAGAACGGCCAGCAAGUACUUCAUGACGGAAACAUGUUCAGUAAGGAAGACUCGCCGCAGAAUCUGACCAAACUGGAUCACACGUCUCCAUUUGUUCGUGCACUGCAAAGAAGACCUCAUCUCGCCCGCUUCCUGACGCACAACCAGUCAGUUGCAGCCUUACCAUACCCAGGCAAAAUGAACAUCUCCACGACUCAAACCUUUCGUGAUAGCACCAAACCAAGCAGAAAUGGCGCCUCACAUACAAAUGGUCGUACUAGUGGUCAUACCCAUUCCAUAGACUACUUGCAGCAGCUGGAUUUCAAUGCUGAGGACCUCUUACCUGAUCCAAUGCUCUCCCAUGUGGUCUGGAUCGCUCAAGACAACGCCUGGAACCCAAGACGAGAGCAGCAACUGAGGCUCAGUAUUGGCAACUGGGCUGCGAACGCGGCAAGUGCAGCAAAAGGCAACGAUGCCGAGCUAUGGAUGUGGCGUCUCAUGAUUCACUUCUUCAAGGCCAUGCCACACGAACUCUGGAGGUACGGACUUCGUCCACAUCGUAGCGAAUGCUGGGCGACUGGAGCCGUGACGGGUUCGAAGCCCAGCGAACAAGCUUACAAUCCUAGUUAUGACUUUUGUCUCGAGCUAGGAAUUCUUCUCUGUCACCCAGUCUGGAACGGCGAUCUUAUGAAACUGCGCUUCGCUCUACAAACAGCCAUCUGCAGCCGUAUCAAGGACCACGAGCCCCCAGUCGCUGGCCUGGACGGUCGUAUGAUUGCUUCUACCAAGCGAAUCACCGACAUGCUUGUUGGCUCUUGCAGGAAGAUGGCGCCUGAGAAGGAGCUGGAACUGAUGUGCAAGAUCCAAUCGCAGUAUUACCAUUGUGGUGGUAUCAAGUCGGACCAAGACAUCCAAUGGCUGACCUCCAAGCUAGCUAGCUCGAAAAGAGGCAGCUGCAUACCCACUACUGAGGAGGAACGUCUGCUUUUCUUCUUGCGCACAUCCGACAUGGAGGCGCUUCGCGAGGUUCUGGACGCGCAGGAAUCUCAUGGCCAGGCGAAAUGGCGGCCUGCGGUCGAGUACUGUCGUAUUUUUGCUGAAACACCGGCCGGCAUGGCUCUGACAGGCGAGCCAACACAGCCUCCAGACCGGAUGGUUUUAGUCCCGGCCGACCAUUUGACCCUCGCACGCUGGAAGACGGAGUGCUUCAUCGCCGAGAGGCGUGAGCGACUGAUCCGGGAGGAGGCCCUCCCCACCUUUGCAAUGCUUUUCGACAUCCCCCGUGGCGAUCCCCAGCCGUAUCACGUCUUUAGUGGGGGAGAAUUUUCGGAAGCACAGCAGAGGAUUGUCACUGGCACUGUAACCCUGCCGGAGAAAUGA